AGGUCCAGGAUGGCUUCGUGCGUACCGCGCCCUUGACUUAAUGCGUCUGGAAACGCUUAACUAUUUUUGAAGAAACGAGGUAGCUGGUGGAGGGGUGGAGGGGUCUUGCAAAUGGCGGGGCGGAGUUAUGGGGUCCCUAGCACCUCGAGCGCGGGGCUCUUAGUAGCCAGGCAGGCCCCACCUCUGAAAGCCUCGUUUUAAGUUCUACCCGACACCUUCCCGCCCCUACGCUGCUGCGGUAGUCUCUCCCCCGACGCUCAGACACCCGAGAGCCAGACCGGGGUUUGUGAAGAUCAUCUGUUUACGUGCAGUUGAAGCGCCCGGCCCGGGAGUAGAGUGUGUAUCAUCCUUACCCUUCCGUACCCUCGUCCUCUGUCCAUUCCUGAGCUCGCCGGUGCUACCAUUACUGCCCCCGCCCCUCCCUUCUGGAUGCCACCCGGGCUCCCGGUCCGCAUCCUGCACCCCCACCGCCACCCCAGACCCCCGCGAUCUCUGAGUCUGGAGGCGUUUUCCUCUCGUGCACGUGGCCCCUCCUGUCGCUUCCUUCCCCGAAGAGCCCGGGACCAUCCGGGGAGGCGCGGGGAGCGCGCACAGCUCCCCCCACCCCCUCCGCCGCCCCGCGCCUCCCACCCCCCCAUCUCGCUAAGGGACCAACGGCUCCGCCUCCCAGGAGGCCCAGAAAGUGGGUGGAGCCGAGGGCGGGAGGAAGGCCGUUGCCAGGUCCCCAUGUAACCCGGGCACGUGAUGUUGGGAGCGACCACACGUGUGAUGGGUGUUGAUGGCAACCAGGGACCGACGUGUGAGUGAGACCCGAAAUGUGCCGGAAGAAGAGCCCCAAACUAGUUACUGGAUUUGGCAGCGAAGGACUGAGAGAGGGAAGUCGGCUUCCACAGGGAGGUCGACCGGUGGGAUCUCCUUCCAGACCAAUGCAACCAGCGAAAGCUUCCUUCCUUCCCUGGAAGCGUCUUCUGUCAUGUCACAGAGUGGAUACCCUGAGGACCCAGGCUACCUCAAGUGUGACACGGAUGAUGCCUCUGAAACCCGUGAGGAGAGCCUGGGGGAUGAGGCCUUCGACACGGUCAACUCCUCCAUUGUGUCUGGCGAGAGCAUCCGUUUUUUUGUCAACGUCAACCUCGAGGUGCAGCCCACCCAGUCUGCAGAGAGCGAACUGCCUGGUGGCUACGGGCUCCUGCAUACCUCGCGCAAGUACCUGAAGUUAAAGAACUUUGAGGAAGAGGUCCGGGCACACCGGGACCUCGAUGGUUUCCUGGCCCGGGCCAGCAUCAUCCUGAACGAGACGGCCACCUCCCUGGACGACGUGCUGCGGGCCAUGCUGUACCGCUUAGCCCAAGACCCCCACAACACCGAGCCUGACUGCCACUUGGACCUGCUCAUGGCCAUGCUCUUCACUGAUGCCGGGGCCCCCAUGGAGGAUAAAGGAGUCCACCUGCUGUCGGACACCAUCCAAGGGGUCACUGCCACAGUCACAGGGGUGCAUUAUCAGCAGUCAUGGCUCUGCAUCAUCUGUACCUCCAAGGCCCUGGUGAAGCGGCACGUGUGCAUCAGCCGCCUGGUUCGCCCGCAGAACUGGGGGGAGAACUCCUGUGAGGUGCGGUUCGUUAUCCUGGUGCUGGCCCCACCCAAGAUGAAAAGCACCAAGACUGCGACAGAGGUGGGACGCACCUUUGCCACCAUGUUCUUAGACAUCGCCUUCCGCCAGAAGCUCCUAAAGACCCGCACAGAGGAGGAAUUCAAGGAGGCCCUGGUACAUCAGAGGCAGUUGCUCACAAUGAUGAGCCAGUCUGCGGGCACCCGCAUGACGGAUCACAGCAUGAACUCCAUCUGCCUCCACAAGCCCCCGAAGCCCCCACAGCACACAGACUUCUUCCCCGUGGGGAAGGGUAUCCGGGAGGACAUCGCCCGCAGGUUCUCUGUGUAUCCACUGGACUUCACUGACGGCAUCAUCGGGAAAAACAAGGCUGUGGGCAAAUUCAUCACCACCACUCUGUUCCUCUACUUCGCCUGCCUCCUGCCCACCAUCGCUUUUGGGUCCCUCAACGAUGAGAACACGCAUGGGGCCAUUGACGUGCAGAAGACCAUGGCCGGGCAGAGCAUCGGAGGCCUCCUGUACGCGCUCUUCUCCGGGCAGCCGCUGGUGGUGCUGCUGACAACCGCGCCCCUGGCGCUCUACAUCCACGUGAUCCGGGGCAUCUGUGACGACUACGAUCUGGACUUCAAUACCUUCUACGCAUGGACGGGCCUGUGGAACAGUUUCUUCCUCGCGCUUUAUGCCCUCUUCAACCUCAGCCUGGUCAUGAGUCUCUUCAAGAGGUCAACGGAGGAGAUCAUUGCCUUGUUUAUUUCCAUCACAUUCAUGCUGGAUGCUGUCAAGGGCAUGGUCAAAAUCUUCCAGAAGUACUACUAUGGCCAAAACCUUGAGAACAUCUAUGCAUAUAGCUCUUCCUCGGUGAACCUGCUGGGCCUCAGCACCAGCCUCAACAGCAGCCUCCACAGCGCCCUCAACAGCAGCCUCCUGGCUGGCCCGCCCGAGCUGACUUCAGGGGGCAGCCCGGCCCCUGAGCCCCCAGCCCGGGACACUGCCGUGCUCAGCCUCCUCAUCAUGCUGGGCACACUCUGGCUGAGCUACACCCUCUACCAGUUCAAGAAGAGCCCCUACCUGCACCCCUACAUGCGUGAGAUCCUGUCCGACUGCGCCCUGCCCAUCUCCGUGCUCACCUUCUCCCUCAUCUGCUCCUAUGGCUUCCGGGAGAUUAAGAUGGGCAAGUUCCGCUACAACCCGAGCGAGAGCCUGUUUGAGAUGCCCGAGAUGCACUCACUGUCCCUGGCAGCCAUCAGCAGUGCCAUGGGCCUCGGCUUCCUCCUCUCCUUGCUCUUCUUCAUCGAGCAGAACCUGGUGGCUGCCCUGGCUAACGCCCCGGAGAACAGGCUGGUAAAGGGCACUGCCUACCACUGGGACCUCCUGCUCAUCGCCAUCAUCAACACUGGGCUGUCUCUGUUCGGGCUGCCCUGGAUCCACGCUGCCUACCCCCACUCCCCGCUGCACGUUCGGGCACUGGCUUUGGUGGAGGAGCGUGUGGAGAAUGGGCACAUUUACGAGACGAUCGUGAACGUGAGGGAGACGCGGCUGACCACCCUGGGCGCCAGCAUCCUGGUGGGCUUCUCCCUCCUGCUGCUGCCCUUCCCGCUACAGUGGAUCCCCAAGCCCGUGCUCUAUGGCCUCUUCCUCUACAUCGCGCUCACCUCCAUCGACGGCAACCAGCUGUGCGCUCGCAUGGCCCUGCUGCUCAAAGACCAGACCUCGUACCCACCCACCCACUACAUCCGGAGGGUACCCCAGAGGAAGAUCCACUACUUCACGGGCCUGCAGGUCCUGCAGCUGCUGCUGCUCUGUGCCUUCGGCAUGAGCACCCUGCCCUACAUGAAGAUGAUCUUUCCCCUCAUCAUGAUUGUCAUGGUCCCCAUCCGCUACAACCUGCUGCCCCGAAUCAUUGAAGCCAAGUACCUGGACGCCAUGGAUGCUGAGCACUGAGGCCGUGGCCACACCCCGCUUGCCCGCCCCUCCGGGUCGUCCCAGGCUGGCGCUGUGGCUGCGUGCGGGGAAGUCUGGCAUCCUGGGGUGCUUGCUGCUUUGUGCUGCACCUUCCCCCCACAGCUGUCCCAACUGGCCUAGGGUACCUGGGCAUCGAAGGGGCACCCAGGUGUGUCUGCUCACUUUGGGUCCAGACCACUGCUCAGGGCAGCAUCUGCCCAGGGUGGGACUAAUAAGCAGGAUGGAUUUUCUUUUGAUAAAAGAGUCAGAUGCCUGAAAGAGAAACCAUUUCCUUGAUUGUGUAAGGAAUUCACUGUACGCAUGUUAGAGAAUAAAGCUUGUUUCUAUGCUUCUA